AUCUCCGAAACAAAUCUCAGGCUUAGAGGGUAAAUGGCUUGCAGCCAUGCUGCGAUCCUGGUCAACUGCGGCCUUGGAACAUGCGCAGACCAGAGGUUCCGGCGAUUCAGAUGGAAGUCAGGAUCUCAGCAUCUCGGAGGAAGAGGAUGAAGAGGACGGCGAAGCUGCCUCGCAGACAGGCUUAUGCUUUCGCAUUGGCCUUUGGAUCGGAUAUAUGCUCCCCACUUGGGGCCACCUCAGUCUGGCCAACGUGGGACGCUCCUGGGCAGCCGGGGCCUUUGCCUUGUGGCAUUGCUAUCUUUUCUUGGCCAUUGCCAUAGUCCUCUUCAUCAACUGCGCCGCUGCGGUGCUGCGAUGCUACAUCAACUGGUACGCAUUCCUGCGCCAUCCCUAUCUAAGUCAAUUUCGGGUGGUGACUCUCUUCCUCGGCGCCUUUUUCAGGUCCUUCCUUCUGGUCAGCGUCACCAGCGAUAUUUUGCGAUUUGCCUACUUGCUUUGUGUGGAUGCAUGGCGCGCAGACGCCUUUGAGGCGUACCGGCGAAUGCUGGUUAGCGACGCCUGGGAAGAGCUGAAAGCGGGCUCGUUUUAUUGGCAGGGCUGGUCUCCGGUCCUCACUCGUCGCCAGAAGGCCUUCGACAUCAUUUUUCAGUGCAUCAUUUACAUCACGCUGGACAUCAUGCCGGUUGUCUUGUUCUUCGCAGCGCUCUCCUCUGACUUGCUCACCCACGUACGAGUUUGCGAGGUCUGCCUAGGCAUCGCCAUGUUUCACCUGUUCGCCUUCUACUUCCUUUGGCUCUGCGGAGAGGUCACACUAAAGGUGAGGUGCUUCCGCCGUGCCUGGCGAUCUGCCCGCGCAGUGGACUUGCAGCGGGGUCAAUCAGUCAUUCAGAACACCGUGAACGCGAACAUUUGGAUUCCAACGCAGAUGCAGUUCGAGAAUCCCGAUGCGGAGCGCCGAUCGAUUUGUGUGGCUCUGUGCACUAUCUUCCACUGGGUUGAGUACCUCUUCCCGGCCUUGGUGGGGCUGAUCACAUGCGUCGCAGGCUUCCUGCUGAACAAGCAGCGCAUGGCAGAAGUAGGCGUACUCGCCACCAUUCUGACGUUGUUUGUCAUGGCUGGUACGCACAAGGCCUUGGAUCAAAUGACGGACGAUGAGAAGUGCGUUCCCCUGUGCGUCAAGCGCUUCUUCCGCCAUCCUCAAGUCCUGCAACGUUGGGGUGAGAAGUGGUGUCGCCUCAACUUCUACGCGCAGAAGCGGCAGCGUUUCCCCUUCGCGGUGACCAUUGUCCUUUCCGCGGCCGUCUUUGGUGCCUUCGGCUUCCUGGCGCUAACCUCCCUCUGCAUGGGCCUGAUGCUGUUCAUGUGCCUGCGCCUUCUUUGGAUGCGCUUCGAGGGCAACUGCGGAUGGCUCUGGGGCUUUUUGGAGUUUGUGGCUGAGUUCUUGCUGCUGAACUACAUCAUACUGGCGACUGCACAUGAGCCUAUGCGGGAUGCGCUGGUGAUAGGCGUGCUUUGCGCGAUGCGCCAGUUCGGCUUCCAACGUGAGAUUAGUGCCGGCGAACGGGUGCGCCUGGCGAGUAUGAUGAUCCUGGGCUUGGUUCAUAUCUUCCUGAUGUGCCUUGUGUGCUUCGCCCUCGAAACCGUCUACCAGGACCAGAACUGGAGCGCGUUCGGCGCAUCCAUGAACACAACCACCUUCUACCCCAUUCAGAGUCAUCCUGUUCGCUCUUACGAAAUGUACCCCCUGUGCCUUUCCCGGUUUCCUGCGGGGCGGGAUGAGCUGAGCGUAGCGGAUUUCGGGCUUAUGGCAUCGCUCACCUACGAGCCUCCAUCACGUGUGGGGGAGGGCUUGCGGCACUACUUCCCUGGCUGGCACGUGGAGAAGAAGCCGGACAGUGCUGGGAGCAUGAACUGGGUUCGCUUUGUCAUGUUCACCACAGACGACAACAGCACCACGGUCAUCGCGGUGCGAGGCACCUUGGAUUCUCUGGAUGUGCUACAUGAUGUAACUCUCUGGCUGGUGCCGGCCGUCAUGCAGAUCUUCAACUUCUUUUCGCCAGACAUCACGAACGGAGUCUGGGGUGUUGCCAUUGCCAGGAACUCGGAUAGGAUCCCGUUGUCCACCAUUAACCAGCAACAGACCUUCCGAUCUGUGCUUUAUGCCGCAAAGUUCAUGAUGAAGGAAUACCCGAACAGGCUCUACUACCUCGCGGGCCACUCUUUGGGGGGCGGAGUUGCCAAGCUCGUGGAACUGGAGCUGAGUCAAGAGCUUCGUCAGACAGGCCCCCCACCUCUCACAAUGGCAUUUGCUGCUCCAGGCGUAUUUCACUCGGCCUUCGUGCUGUUCGGUGACCAGCCAGAGAGCUUCGAAGGUCUGGAAUCCAUGAAGGAGGAGAUGGCCACCUUCACGGUUAUGCCACAUCAUGACAUCGUCUCGAAGAUCGAUGUGCAGAAGGGCAACAUACUGCGAGCCCCAUGCAAGGGCAGUGCUUUGCAAUGCCAUAGCAUUUAUCGCACACUUUGGUUUAUGUUCAAGCAGUGUGGCUCUAUGACCCGGAAGAACCUCACCGUGCCAUGCGGAUGGACUGCGGAAGCUCCGUGCUUGGACCAGCCAUGAGGAAACAAAUCGGAAGGCUUUCCGAGCUUCCCUCUUUCGGUUAAUGCUGGAAGGCCCAAAGUGGCUGUGACUCACACAUUUUGGCGGACUCAUUGAUUGAAUUCC